AUGGAAGUUGAACGCCCUGCUUCACGAGCGCACCGCCACCUAGGCCCUCCCACAAAGCAGAUCACACCUGUAAACGCAAAGAAAAGUGUCUCAGUAGCCGCGAUAUUCAAGCAGCAAGCGCGCAAGACGAAGCAAAUGGACACUACGCCGCAAGCCGAAUCUAGCAUUUCCAAACUAACUGGGGGACAACCCUUGAUCGCGAAGUCGAUGAGUGUCAGGUCAGGGUCUAGCGUGCGCAACCCACAGAAGGCAGAUGGGAGAGUCUCAAAGAACAGGUCGGAUGUGCAUCUACUAGCUGUAGCCUUCCGAGACACCAGUGACGAUUACCGUCGCCACCUCUACAAGUCCACGACGCUGAAGAUCAACAAGACCCUCGAAGCGCUCCUCACCUCACUGCACGAAAGCACCUUGCAGACUGUCCCCACAAACGACAGCCAGCAGGACCCCAAUGUCUCACCGCUCAAGCUUUCUGCCCCAGCCAAGUACGAGCAGAUGGCUCUGAAGCUCCACCAACCUCUCUCACCUUACCGACUCACGCUAUGGCGCACCAACACGCGGGGUGAGAAGGAGCGUUUUCAAUCAACCCUCGAGACUCGGAUGGUUCACUACGAAGAGCACAUUGUCGAGCGGACGAACGAAGUUGCCCAACUGCAGAGGGAGUGGGAGAUGGUUGUGGGUGAGAUCUGGAAACUGGGUGUUAGCUGUCUGGGCCAAGGUAUUAUGGAGAGUCUACUCUUCACAGACCAAGGCGCACUAGGACUAUCGUCUUCCCCGUCUAAAGCUACGGAACCCGAGUCUACGCUAUUUGUACCUGAACAAGGGACAUCGUCGCUUCCGCGCAAGACUCGGACUAGCAAGAAGCACGUCACUUUCGAGACCCCGGGUGGACGUGAUGAGCACAAGGCCGCCUCGAUAUCCAUGUUUCCAGCGUGCUUAUACCAGCCGUCGAGAUAUCACAACCAGCCACUUCCCGUGGUUCCGCCCGUAGCAGAGCGAGAAAUCAAGAAUGUUGAGAUGAAAGUGGCUCAGCUGGGUAAAGCGCAGAUUGAUGAGCUCCGCAAGAUUGAGAAGGACCAUCAGGAGUACUGGAAGAAGAAGACUACCCAGGUCGCGACUGCUUUGCAGAAUGAUUGA